AUGCUUAGUAUAAGCUGGAUUAUUCCUUCAGACGUACUUGGGUUUUUGUCAGUAUCUAAUUUUCCGAACGAUCUUGAUUUGCUUGAUUUCCUGGAUCCUAUUGUCAGAGAAGAUUAUAUCAAAUGUAUACAACAACAAGUACAAGGUCAGAAAUUAAGAGGCAAUCUUUGCCUAAGUUCUUGUCCAGGCAAGAAAGUGAGGCUGACCGGACCUAUUCGAGGUAGAGCAGCGAUCAAUCGAGAUUUGGAUCUUGAUUUUAAACGAAUGAAAAGCUUUGGUAUCACCAUGGUUGUCUGUUGCCUAGACGACAAGGAAUUGGAAUUAUUAGGUGCUCCAUGGCCAGACUAUGAACGAACAGCCAAAACCCAUGAUUUCAAGAUACUUAGAUUGCCUAUGCUUGAAGGUGGCUGUCCAAAAACCUUAUCUGAAGUCCAUAAUGUGGUGAAAAAAGUCAAUGUAGAAAUCAGUCAGGGACAUCAUGUCUUGGCGCAUUGCAGAGGAGGUGUAGGAAGGGCAGGCCUGUUUGCAGGAUGUUGGUUAUUAGAAAACUUAUUGUGUAAAUCAGUGGAAAGAACAGUGAGCCUACUUCGAGAGAGACGAAGUGCGAAAGCGAUUGAAACUUAUGCACAAGCAGAAUACUUAAUUCGAUAUGCCAUGGCAUUAAACCAAAGGUUAGGCAGAUCCUAUACACCAACUACACAGCCAGUAUCAAUUCAUGAAUUACAGUAUGAAGCAGCAUCAGGAUCUCCUUCAUUACCUUUUAUAGCAAAACUAGAACACCUUAUACUUAUGAACCCAACCCUAUUGCAACAACAACACUACUAUCCUCCAGUCCCUACACAUACUGCUUCUGCACCUGCUGAACUCUAUGUGCCACGAUAA